UUUUUUUUUUUUUUUUUUUUUUUUUGAUGAGAUGAGAGCGAGCUUGCCAGGCUGAGUUUCUACGAAAUGGUCGUGGAGCUUUAACGGAACCAAAGCUUUACAAUAAGAGAUCUCAAUCCGGCACAAAGGCAGUGUCAACCUUUCUUUUAGCCAAAAAAAAACUGCAACACUGCAGAAAUGCUGACAGACAACAGGAAACGACUCCGUAGCUGUGACAGGGAGGAGGACCAACAGCUGAGCUCUCAGGCCAAGAGGUCAGGAGGGGGUCCCAGCCUUCUCCUGUCAGAUCUGGAUUCAGAGUCUUCCAGCAGCGACAGCAGUAAUGGGAUCAGUAGUCCAGAGAGAGCAAUAGUGGCCACCACCAGGCCAUGCAUACACAGCCAGAACAACCGCAUCACCCAGGGCUCCCUCAGCCCAAAGCCUGAAGACUCUGGUAUCUCCUUGCAGCACGGUUUCCAUGGUGAUGGCAGCAGGGUCUCUUACGACCACAUCAACAAAGUCCUGCGGGAGGCGCACUUCAGUAGUCUUCAGACCAGAGGGCGUCCAGGCUCAACAUGACCGUGACCUCCGAUCCCUCUCCUGACCUUUUGUCCCUCGCCCAUCAGUGCUGACACGACUGGCACAGUGGCUCCUCCUUGAGAAGCCUCAAGGAAGACAUUUGGGUCAGGGGGGAAGGGGAUGACGUGUGGGGAGGUUUACAGAUUUUGGGCAUAAAGGCUCAUCCCCACCUCACCAUUUGUACCAUUUGUCAAGACCAUAAGCACAUCUGCUGUUCCAUGGCCCAGCCACUGUGGUUUUUCUGUGCAGUAUUGAUGUGUAUGUAUGUUUGUGUGUGUGUGUGUGUGUGUGUGUGCGCGUGUGCACGCACCCUGUGCACUUUAUAAAGAGGAAUCAUUCUCUUUACUUGCGUGCGUUGAUGUGUGAACAUUGUCAUUGGUGCUAAUCUCAAGAAAUGUGCGUCGAUCCAAAGUGCUUGCGAAACUAAAUAAAGCUAAGCACUUUACUCAAUAACUUCUCAUUCUGUUUACUCUCGGCUGGGGAGGUCAGCCGCAUGUUUGUGUCUGAAGUGGGAGAGGUUGCGAUCCCGCUCACAAAGGAAGUUCAUUGAGGCCGAUGGAUUCGAUCCAGAGGACCAUUAUUAA